GUUUCUGUAUGUAUAUAUAUCAGCUCCCCACCGCUCCUUGUAAGCCACUUAAAUUAAUCCAUCAUUGCAUGCAACUAAUUGGAAAUUAAAACCCGGCCAUCAUCAGCAGCAUAUAUGGCGGCGAAAACGAGAGUGAUUUACUUAUGGGCGGUAGUGAUGGCGGCGGCUAUGGUGUGCAGUACGCAAGUGGAGGGAAGGGGAGUAGUAGUAGGGGGGAGAACAGAGAUUGAGGGGGUGAAGGGAAACCAGGAGGUUCAAGAAUUGGGGAGAUAUUGCGUGGACGAGUACAACAUCAAUAUCAACGGCAACGGCGGCGAUGGUGGGCUGAGGUUCUCGGAGGUGUUGGCGGCGGAGAGGCAGGUGGUGGCCGGGAUAAAGUACUAUCUGAAGAUCUCCGCCGUCGCCGUCUCCACGGGGGUUCCACACACUUUUGAUGCACAAGUGGUGGUCAAGCCCUGGCUUCAAAAUUCUAAACACCUACUCAGCUUUGCACCCUCUUCUUCUUAUCUCCUCCCGGCGGCCACUAAGUACCUUAGCUUCUAAGGCUCGCUCUAGCUAGCUCCCGGCCGGCGGCCGGCCCGUUCUUUUCAUGCUUCAUUAUGACCUCAGAUCACUCAGCUCGCUAGCUCUAAUUUUGUAAUGUAGUAGACUAGUAGUGCUGCCCUAUCUGCAGUAUCAUGUUAUGUGAUCUUGUGAUAGAUGCAAAUAAGUGGCUAGGAAAUGAAGGAAUAACCAGUAAUUCAAAAUACUUUAAUUUGCAGCUGCCUUUUAUUUUAA